AUGGAAUUUUUCAGAUCCAGUGACGGACAGCCCUGGACCAGCCCGAGCCUGAGCCUGAGGGCGCUCACUCUUUUGCCACUCCUGCGGGAAGCAGCAGUCUCUUUGGGUCCGUGGAGUUGUGCUGGUGGGGAGCCUCACACAGUGGUUGGUGGCCCUGUUGGCACGUAUGUGGGCUUGUGCGGCGUGAGCGCUGCCCUGGGAAACUCCUUCUGCUCGUUUUGUGUGGCCAGCUCCUCCAGUGUGGCAAACCUUAGUGAAGGGCCUGUGUGA